AUGGAGGUUCAGCGAACGAGAAGCCGUCGCAGGACCUGGAACUUCCGCGUCCCUCUAGCGCGCCUCGCGCGGCAUGCAGUCAACCUUUGUGGUGCUUGUGCAGGAUGCGUUACAGCCUGCACUCCUGGAGCAAGUGCCCCACUUCCAGAGAAGGCCCAGAGUUCAGAGCCAAAGGAGAUCACUGAUUUGUGGCACGGAGAGGAGCUUUUGAAUGAUGUCAUCGGCAGACUCUGGCCUUCCAUCUCCGAGUGGUUUCAGCGCAAACUGAAGGCUGAGCUGGAGCCGCAGCUCAAAGAGCAGCUGAUGGAUAUUGUUGAGUUCGAGGACAUUGGUCUUGGCACGUCUCCCAUGCGCCUCGAAGGGAUCACCUCUUCCACGUCCUCGGAGGAGUGUGGAACCGACGUUUUCAAGACGAUCAGAUGUGCAGCUGAUUUGGAUUACUCGGGCGAUGGUCAAAUCACAGUUGGCAUCCGUGCUGGCAGAGGUGGUGCAAUGGGUCAUGUAGCCCUGACGAAGCUCAAGUUGCGGGGGAAGAUUGUGGUUGAAUUUGCGCACUUGACACAUUUGCCACCAUGGUUCAAGUGUGUUCGCAUCUACUUCCCAGACAUGCCCGAGGUUGACUUGACCAUUGAUGCCAAAGUCUUUGUGCUCGAUGCUUUCUGUGACACUGCUUCGAUGGUCAAGACCAGAGUCCUUAAGGUGCUGCAGGAAGCUGUCGCAAGUGCUUGUGUACUGCCCUCUCGGCUGGUACUGGAAGCAGCUUCAGGCAUUGAUCACUUCCGCUUGCAUCAUCCUCGGCCUCGUGGAGUCUUGAGAACUCAGAUAGAGGUUCAAGCACCACCGGAGGAGCCUCAGGAGGAAUCUAGCUAUGCCAGCUAUGCCUCAUUGAGCGCUUCAAUGUCAUGGCUAUUUGAGUCUUCUUCUCCAAAAAACUUGACCUCCAUGCAAGUGUCGUUGGGAGCUUGUCGCAAGAACUGUGCCUCUGGUGAUAUCGUGGACUUCGUGGUUCAUGACUUUGACCAGCAGUCUGUGAGCGUUUUUGCCAACAACAGCGACACUCCUCUGGUGGUCAUUUGUUUGAAGGAUGUGAUUGAAUCCGGGCAAGGUCUGAAAGACCCCUCCGAGGAGGAGGCCCACAUUUUUCAGCUGCCUCUGAGCUUUGGCUCGGCAACUGGCAGCUUGCAAAUGCAAUGGCGACAAUUGGCCAAAGAGGGACUUAAUCCCAUGCACACACUGGACCAAAUGGUCGGAGACAGAACUUGGACCUUUGGAUCACCUUAUGCAAGCAGCUGGCUGCUUUUCAUUGACUUGUUUCAUGCUGUUGGUCUGCAAGGAGUUGAGGACGAAACAGAAAUAUGGGCAGUGGUAUCAGUGAGGAGACCUUUCAACGCGGCUAUUUGUGAGCAGACCUCUUCGGCUGUUCCUGCUGCCUCCCCAGCUCGUCAUGGAUAUCAGGAGUGGAGAUACCUUGGAGUUCUGGAACAUUUAGCAGGCGUCGGAGGAGUCAAUGCUGAUGAUGUUGAAAGGUACGUCCUCGGAAGCAUUCCCGAGGAGGCCUGGAGACUUCUGCUUGGCAGAGCUCUGCAGCAGGGUUCCUUGCCGGGGGGUGUUGAUGCAGUGUGGAAGCAGCCGUUUUGCCUGUUGUUGGAUGAAGACGCUUCAUCUGAUGCAAUCCGCAAGCUGGAAGUCGAAAUUGAACUCAGGAGGCCAGAACGAGGAAGAUCCAAGAGCAAAAGUGCAAGAUACGAGAAGGUCGGGUCUGCUACCUAUCCGCUAAGUGAGCUUAUCAGUCAACCACUGGCAAUGGAGGACCUCUGGGUUCAAAUUUGUUAUGGAAAGAAGCCUACUGGUCAUGUGCGACUGCGGGUGCAGAUGCGGCCGCUUCAAUCGCCAUACAAGCCGCGGAUGACAGGCAGAGGCUCUCUUGGAUCUCUUGGUCAACGUUUGCAGUUUCUGGUACGCCAUGGCUCUGGAAGACUCGAGCGACCAUCAUUCUCAUCUUCGAUUUCACGGUCAACGCCACCUCCUUCACCUCCGGACACCCAAAAGAAAGAACGCCUGGGCUCGCUUGCAGAAGGCUCUGUGGAGGUAGAGAAAGAGGAUUCCAUUGAAAGUCUUUGA